ACAGUGCGCAUGCGCUGCAGUACCGCACCUGGCCAAAAUGUAUUUAAAGCCACGCGCUCUCGCGCUCCCGCCCAGUGGGAUUAAGAUAGUACCAGUGCAUCGACGGACGGCGUUCAGGCUCAGGUGUCAUGGAAGAAACGAUGCACAAGUCAUCGGAGCCGAAAGGUCGGCAUGCUGCGGUCCGCGCCGGUUCGGUGCGGUCGCUGUCGUGUUACAGCGUCGACGAGAACGUGCUCGAAGUGCUUUGGGACGAGGAAAUCCAAAUGGAGGAGCUUCUCCACUUCUCCUUCGACCACAUCGACAAGCUCGCGGAACGAAGGGGCAAGACGAUCGCAAGCAGCGAGAAGUGGCGUCUCUGGGAUUACGUGCAGCGGAUGAGGCGCGAGCAGCCCUACUGGGUGUCCAAAGAGUCUGUGCCCUGGGACGAAGUCGAGGCCAAGUACUCGCUCCGAAGUCGGUCGCUGUCGUCCGGCUCCUUACCUGGUGACCUGGAGUUCUCCAUGAGUGGCCAGACUACACCCCAACCAAUGCUGCACUCGCAGAGGAAACUACGGCCUCACUCGCAGAGGAAACCUCUGCCAUCCGCUGCUCGUGCGGCUGCCGCCAAUCAGCCCCCGGACGAGCUGAAGUGCGAGCCGGACGAACGCUUCACGCUGUCCGAGCAGUGGGACGCGGGUUCGCCGCACCGGGGUCUUGUUGUUUCGGCAACAUGCCCAAAGAAAAAGCAAGGCUGGCAGCGGCUCCUGGGGAAGGUGUUUCACCCAAAACACAAGAGUUCUGCGAAAGACGACGGCAGUGGCGAGUUCCAUUUCGCGCUUGUCGCGAAUUCCCCCAGCCCAUGCUCGCGCCACGAAGGUGGAACUCCGUCUCCACCCAAGAUGUUCGAGAAGGAACGCCGGGCAGGAUUCCUUCGACGGUCUCUGCGCAGAGUAGGCAUGGCUACGCGGAAGCAUAAUUAAUGUGAGAUUGUCAAGAUGAAUGUUUGCGCCAUGCCUUAAAUAAGCUUUGACAACUUUUAUUCUUUUAAAACUUUAUCGAUCAAUCUGGACUAAUAAAGGGUUAAUCCUCCCGAGAUCCACCAUGUCUAGCAUUUUUUUUUCCUAUGCUAGCGAAAUCGGGGGGGUGGGGGGCAUUACAGAUGCUUCCAGCAGCAUUACAAAUGCUGCUUCCAGCAGCAUUUGUUUCCAGAAGCCCUGUUUUGUAGAUGCUAAUCUCAAACUGAUGCUCUUCCUGUCUCAUCUUAAAUAAGCACUCUAUAUGUGCUCACCUGUUAAAUUCCGCAAGUAUACAUGUUCGGUGAAAUUCAUUAUUUGAAAGCUAUGCAGCUUUACAGUCGUCCAUCCGGCGAUCAUCACACAAUUUCAUGAUGUUGGCUACCGAGAUGACCUCUUUGUCUCCACUUUCCUGGCAUACUUCUGCCAUGGGCAAGCAUCAUUUCUGUCAAAUUUUCUUUAAAAGACAUUGUUUCUUGGAACAAAUGUAUCGUUUCCUUUUCUGUUUUCCUUUAGCGUUGUGAAGUCUGUCUGGAAUUGAAAUAAAGGUGAUGCGUUGAUA